AUUACUUUAAAAAAAUUAUCUAGAGAAAUUGAUUGCAGCAAUGUUUUUCUAGAUCCCUAUGCUCAACUUCUUCUUGAGGCUAUGAAGCAGUCUGGUUGCACUGUCUUCAACGACCGACACUUUUCUUGUGAAGAUUGUGAUGGCUGUGUCAGUGGAGGUUUUGAUUCUGCCACAUCUCAGAUUGUUCUGUGUCAGAACAACAUUCGCCAGCAAUCCCAUAUGAACCGGGUGGUCACACAUGAAUUGAUUCAUGCUUUUGAUCACUGCCGUGCACAUGUUGACUGGUUUAAAAAUGUCAAACACUUAGCAUGUUCAGAG